GUAGAAUGUAGAGGGGUGAGCUAGAGCAGCUAUGUGCGAGAAUGACGAUACAGAUCCAGGCUGCGAAUAAGUAGGUGAAGGGGGUUGUUAAGUGCAGGAUCACGCUUGCGUGGCAUACAUUCCGGAGUCCUGAGGCUCGCAUCAAUUCACGCCGCCACUAUUACGGGAGAUCCCUCCCCGCACCACACCUGCAGGAUUCAGGAACGCGUCCGCGACUGUCAACAGCUGCUGAACGACACCAGACAGGCCGCCGCCAUGUGCAAACAUAUUCUCAACGCCCAGGUGUCCAUCCGCUCGCCCUGCUGUCGUAAAUGGUUCGACUGUGCGGAAUGCCAUGCGGAGACCCAAAAGCACCCCCUCAUGCAAAGCUUCGACAUGACCUUCGUGUGCAAGAAGUGCAAGAAGGCGUUCCGAAAGGAUACACGGGAAUUUGAGGACAGUGACGAGUACUGCCCGCACUGCGACAACCAUUUUGUGCUGGAGGCAAAAACUCCGAAGGCAUCCCUCCAGGUCGAAAGCGAGGACGUGCGGGUAGAUGCGCGCAUGCUGAAAGACGACCGCGUUCAAGCGGAAGAACAGCGCACUAUAUUCGACGUUAGAGACGCGGCAGACCGCCUGGGCUGAAUGACUUUCACGGACAACCUUAGUGAGGUUGUUUAGGAUAAUUAAGCGUUGCUGCGGCGUCGCCGUAUGGAGGAGGCAUACACAGAUGUCAUACGAAGGAACGGCUUGUGGCCAUGUUUAAAAGCAUGAAGAACCCGAAGCCAGCUGAGUGGCCGAGAGCAACGGCAGGACAAGUCCAAGUAGCUUAAUUGACGCCAUGUGAAGCUGUGAAUUCGUACUUCCGCUCAAGUAUUGGAAAGCAAGAGACUCUUUUGAUACAGUACAGACCCAAGAAGGCUCUAUUGAUCCGGACGCCAAUGCUAGUUAUGCAGGUCCUACUACCUA